AUGUGGUGGGUGGACGCAGGAGGAGCACGCGUGGCGCCAUUACACGGAGCAGAAGCAGAACCACCACCACCACCACCACCACCACCACCACCACCACCACCACCACCACCACCACCACCACCACCACCACCACCACCACCACCACCACCACCACCACCACCACCACCACCACCACCACCACCACCACCACCACCACCACCACCACCACCACCACCACCACCACCACCACCACCACCACCACCACCACCACCACCACCAGCAGCAGCAGCAGCAGCAGCAGCAGCAGCAGCAGCAGCAGUCAGGGCAGAACCUGUGGCGCAGAGAGAUGUUCCGCCGAAGGGCGGGGCGGCGGAGUUGACGGCGGACGGGAACGACGGGGGAAGGGAAGCCGGGAGGGGCGCGGCGGAAGCGGGCGUGGGGAACGGGUGCGACGGGGAGGGAGACGAGCUGGGUCCGUUGCUCGACGAGUAUAUCGAAGGAGAGCAUAACGGAGCCGCGACAGAAGCGCCCGUGGCGGCCGCGGCGCGAGGGCAUGCGGCGGCGGCGGCGGCGCUGGCGGCGGCGGCGGAAGGGAGGCGCAAUGCGAGCGGUUUAGCCUGA